UUCACGACAGACGGGAAGAAAGCUUUGGUCUCUGAAAGUAGAUGAAAUUUGCUUAGUGGGCAGCUUCUUGCGAGGCACAGACUCCAUUUAACAAGCCUUCCCGCCCCGGUCCGGGCAUUGGUUGUGGUUACAGGCUCUGGGUGGCACUUUCAGGGGGCGGACCUUGGCUCUCAGCGGCCGUGGCAGAGCUGGCACGACGAGUUCCCAGUGUGUCACCCCUAGGCGAACUCUGAGGCCUGCCCACUACCGCUCCGCAGGGGCGGCUGGUCCAGGGCAGUGUGCCGCGGCUCUGGCGGGGGAAGAGUGACAGGGAACAGCGCCACGGCCGGUCCCCGCCUCGUCCGCCCGCUCCGCCCCAUUUUCUCCCGGGAGCCCACCCGAGCCCGGGCGCGGCCAGGCGGAGCGACCGUGGUUCCCGCCAGUCCCUGUUCCCGGACCGCCAGCCGCUGUACCCGCUCUGACCGCCUGCUGCUGCUGUCCCUUUCUAUCCGCGACCCUAAUCCCGGGUUUCCAGCACUGCGGACCACCGCGCUCCCACGCCGCCGGAGUCAAAGUCCUGUCAGUUUGCCAUAGGUAAGCACAGCACAAUUUGGGAGAAAAGUUUUCCGAAAACGAUUAACUCAGCCCUGUGAGUACAACAAGCUCAAGACAUGUUUACAUGGAAAUCCCUUACAACGUACGCGGGCUUCAUCUGUAAGAUUGGCUUUUGUUGACAGAGAAGCAAUGCUGAAGGUCAGCAGUGAAAGGCAGGGUCCUGGACGGUGGCCCUGAAUCCUGAUUGCCUGUCUGUCAGGGAGACACAUGUGGUCAAAGAUGAAUUUGAGCAAAGUAGCUGCUGGCUACUCGAACUAUGGAAAAGCAGGGCCAUUAUGAGAUGGAAGCCAUCCCACCGGGUUGCCACUCCCACAUUAAACUGCUGAAGAUCAACAGGGAACAUCUGGUCACCAACAUCCGCAACACUCAGUGUCUGGUGGACAACUUGCUGAAGAAUGGCUACUUCUCAGCGGAAGAUGCAGAGAUCGUGUGUGCCUGUCCUACCCAGCCCGACAAGGUCCGAAAAAUUCUUGACCUGGUGCAGAGCAAAGGUGAGGAGGUGUCUGAGUUCUUCCUCUACGUGCUACAGCAACUCGAGGACGCUUAUGUGGACCUCAGGCUGUGGCUAUCAGAGAUCGGCUUCUCCCCUUCCCAGCUCAUUCGAAGCAAAAUUAUCGUCAAUACUGACCCAGUGAGCAGAUACACCCAGCAGCUGCGACACCAACUGGGCCGCGACUCCAAGUUCAUGAUGUGCUACGCCCAAAAGGAGGACCUGCUGCUGGAGGAGACUUACAUGGACACACUCAUGGAGCUAGUAGACUUCAACAACCAAAACCUAGGCAGCCUGGGAGGCCUGGACUGCCUGCUGGAUCACAGCACCGGUAUCCUCAACGAGCAUGGCGAGACUGUCUUCGUGUUUGGGGACGCGGGAGUGGGCAAGUCCAUGCUGCUGCAGCGGCUGCAGAGCCUCUGGGCGUCCGGCAGGCUGACCUCGGCAGCCAAGUUCUUCUUCCAUUUCCGCUGCCGCAUGUUCAGCUGCUUCAAGGAGAGCGACACGUUGUGUCUGCAGGACCUGCUCUUCAAGCACUUCUGCUACCCAGAGCAGGACCCCGAGGAGGUGUUCUCCUUCCUGCUGCGCUUUCCCCACACGGCACUCUUUACUUUUGAUGGCCUGGAUGAGCUGCAUUCGGACUUCGACCUGAGCAGCGUGCCAGACAGCUGCUGCCCCUGGGAGCCGGCGCACCCACUGGUCCUACUGGCCAACCUCCUAAGCGGGAGGCUGCUCAAGGGUGCCGGCAAGCUGCUCACUGCCCGCACAGGCGUCGAGGUCCCCCGCCAACUCCUGCGCAAAAAGGUGCUGCUCCGGGGUUUCUCCCCCGGCCACCUGCGCGCCUAUGCCCGCAGGAUGUUCCCGGAGCGCAUAGCUCAUGAGUAUCUGCUGCAGCAACUCGAUGCCAACCCCAACCUCUGUAGUCUGUGUGCCGUGCCGCUCUUCUGCUGGAUCAUCUUCCGCUGCUUCCAGCAUUUCCACACGGCCUUUGAGGGUUCCUCGCAGCUGCCGGACUGCGCCGUGACCCUGACCGAUGUCUUCCUGCUGGUCACUGAGGUGCAUCUGAACAGGACACAGCCCAGCAGCCUGGUGCAGCGCAACACGCGCAGCCCGGCGGAGACACUGCGUGCAGGCUGGCGCACGCUGCACGCGCUCGGCCAGGUGGCGCACCGAGGCACCGAUAGGAGCCUGUUUGUGUUUAGUCAGGAGGAGGUGCAGGCAUCAAAGCUGCAGGAGGGGGAUCUGCAGCUGGGCUUCCUGCGGGCUCUGCCAGACGUGGGCCCUGAGCAGGGCCAGCAGUCCUAUGAGUUUUUCCAUCUCACGCUCCAGGCCUUCUUCACUGCCUUCUUCCUGGUGGCAGAUGACAAAGUGGGCACCCGGGAGUUGUUGAGGUACUUUCGAGAGUGGACGUCUCCCGGGGCGACACCAAGCACGUCCUGCUAUCCUUCCUUCUUCUCCUUCAGGUGCCUGGGUAGCGGCAGCCGGUUGGGCCCUGAUCCUUUCAGGAACAAAGACCACUUCCAGUUCACCAACCUCUUUCUGUGCGGGCUGCUGGCCAAGGCCAGACAGAAACUCCUUCGGCAGCUGGUGCCCAAGGCUAUCCUGAGGAGGAAGCGCAAAGUCCUGUGGGCUCACCUGUUUGCCAGCCUGCGCUCCUACCUGAAGGGUCUGCCCCGGGUCCAGAGGGGAGGCUUUAAUCAGGUCCACGCCAUGCCCACAUUCCUGUGGAUGCUGCGCUGCAUCUACGAGACACAGAGCCAGAAGGUGGGGCGCCUAGCCGCCAGGGGCAUCAGUGCCGACUAUCUCAGGUUGGCCUUCUGCAAUGCUUGCUCUGCUGACUGCAGUGCCCUGUCCUUCGUCCUGCACCACUUCCACAGGCAGCUGGCCCUCGAUCUGGACAACAACAACCUCAAUGACUAUGGCGUGCAGGAGCUGCAGCCUUGCUUCAGCCGCCUUACCGUGCUCAGACUCAGCGUCAACCAGAUCACUGACACAGGCGUGAAGGUGUUGUGUGAGGAACUGACCAAGUACAAGAUCGUGACAUUCCUGGGUUUAUACAACAACCAGAUCACUGAUAUCGGAGCCAGGUAUGUGGCCCAAAUCCUGGACGAAUGCAGAGGCCUCACGCACCUUAAACUGGGAAAAAACAGAAUAACAAGUGAGGGUGGGAAGUGUGUGGCUCUGGCUGUGAAGAAUAGCACCUCCAUCAUUGAUGUUGGGAUGUGGGGCAAUCAGAUUGGGGAUGAAGGGGCAAAAGCCUUCGCAGACGCAUUGAGGGACCACCCCAGCCUGGCCAACCUCAGUCUUGCAUCCAAUGACAUCUCCCCUGAGGGAGGGAAGACGCUUGCACAGGCCCUGAAGCACAACACCACUCUGAAAAUAUUCUGGCUGACCCAAAAUGAACUUAAUGACGAGGCAGCAGAGUGCUUCGCUGAGAUGCUGAAAGUCAACCAGACACUGAAGCACUUAUGGCUUAUCCAAAAUCACAUCACAGCCACGGGGACAGCCCAGCUGGCCGAGGCACUGCAGAAGAACACCACCAUAACAGAGAUUUGUCUCAACGGAAACUUAAUUAAGCCUGAGGAGGCCAAAGUCUUUGAGAGUGAGAAGCGGAUCAUCUGUUUCUGAUGGACUCUCCUGGGCUGGACCUUUGACCUAGGUUGCUCCCUGGUCACAGACAGCACUGCGCAGUCAGCAGAGACACGGGACGCUGUGCAGGGCCUGCAGCAAGGGGACUGUUAGGAGGCACCUCCCCUGCAGAUGCUCAGACUGGCAGUGCCCAAGCCAUGGCUGGGACUGUGCAGACGUAGAGUAUCUUAGGAGCCACUGUCAUCACUCAAAACCAGCAGGGUUUUCUAUACAAAGAGGUUCCCCUGCAUAGCCACAACAGUGUCUGAAGAUGAAAGGAUGGGAAGCAGGGGACCAGCCUCAGCUCCCACAGAUGCCUGCUUGCAGGAUUCACGGGACUGAUGGCACCUUCAGGAAAGAGCUGGGAACUUGGGCAGAGCCGACAGCAGCUUUUCGCAAAGAAGGCACCUGGUGACCACACAGUUAUCUUGAAAGCUCCUUCCUCUGCUCAGUACCCCCUUCCACUGUACAGAUCCGUUCCUUCCCCCUAGCUGUGGUUAUUGAAGUAGGUCCACCGUGGGGAGGGCUCAUUCAAGGGCCCCCAGCAAGCUGGUUGUCAAGGGCUCAUCACAGACUUUGGUUUCCGUUCUGGAUUCUCCCUGGCUGCAAAUGGGAAUCAGAGGAUGCCCUGUAGAUCCAUCUCAGAGGAACUCUAGGCCUUAAAGAAUACUGAGGUCCCGCCUAGAGGUUUCCCCCAUCUCAACCUGACCCCUCGGGGGGGGGGGAAUCAGUUCCCAUCCUCCACAGCAGCAGGACUUGCCUCGAUGGUCCUGUGAUCUCAAGCAAAACUCUCUCUCUUGCCUGUGAGCAGGAAGUAUGGUCAUGUCUUCAGCAGUUGGAGGGUGACUGAGCACAGCCAAGACUCAAGGAGCCGGCUGAUAGCUCAACCAGCAAAGCAUGGCAGAUACCCACCACCACGGUGGGCAUGUGGGGAUGCCCAGCAAGGUGGGACGGUUGGGGAUGUUGCCAAAUAACACGUUCUUUUACCACCUCAUUUGUUAAUAAAAUACUGAAAAUA